UUUGCGUGGGAGUUUUCUCCCUUUCCCUCCCUCCCUCACCUCCUCCUCCUCCUCCUCCUCCUCCUCACCCCCUUCCUCACCAGCCUCCAGGUUCGUGGACCGGUUCUAGCACCAACCUGUCCUUCUUCCCCCUCCCUUCGUUUUCUUUUUCUUUUCUUUUUCUUUUUGUCGAGGCUUCAGGGGAAUUGCCAAGACCUGUUUCAUGCAUGUCCACUGGCGGCAGGUUCAACUUUGACGAUGGGGGGUCAUACUGCGGCGGGUGGGAGGAGGGCAAGGCGCACGGCCACGGGAUCUGCACCGGGCCCAAAGGCCAGGGGGAGUACUGCGGUUCUUGGGCCCACGGCUUCGAGCUGCUGGGCGUCUACACCUGGCCCAGCGGAAACACCUACCAGGGCACCUGGGCUCAGGGCAAGAGACACGGCGUGGGCGUGGAGAACAAAGGCCGCUGGGUGUACAAGGGCGAGUGGACACAUGGCUUUAAAGGACGCUACGGCGUGCGGGAGAGCACGGGCACGAGCGGGAAGUACGAGGGGACGUGGAACAACGGGCUGCAGGACGGAUACGGGACGGAGACGUACUCGGACGGAGGAACAUUUCAGGGCCAGUGGGUCGGCGGGAUGCGACACGGCUAUGGAGUCCGUCAGAGUGUCCCCUACGGCAUGGCGGCGGUCAUCCGCUCUCCGCUCCGUACCUCCAUAAACUCUCUCCGCUCCGGUUCGGAGCACAGCAAUGGCACAGCUCUGCUGGACCGGACCGGGGCGGUCGUUCCCGGUCCCCCCCCAGUACCCGGCACCCUGACCACCAGCGUUUCCAUGUGCAGCACGGGCAGCAGUGGCAGCAGCCCCGCGGUGUCCCGGGGAGGCUUCGUGCUGACGGCGCACAGCGAGGCCGAGCUGCUGAAGGGGAAGAGGAAGGGCGGCCUGUUUCGGAGGUCCAUCCUGUCUGGGCUCAAGCUGAGGAAGUCGGAGUCCAGGAGCUCUCUGGCCUCGCAGAGGUCUAAGCAGAGCUCGUUUCGGAGCGAGGCUGGAAUGAGCACAGUGUCCUCGGCUGCGUCGGAUAUCAACUCUACAAUCAGCCUCGGAGAUGCAGACGCAGAGUUGGCCGUCGCCGACGACGACGUGGACGCCACGGCCACCGAGACCUACUGCGGAGAGUGGAAGAACGACAAGCGCACCGGGUUCGGCGUGAGCCGGCGGUCCGACGGGCUGCAGUACGAGGGCGAGUGGCUCAGCAACAAGCGGCACGGCUACGGCUGCACCACGUUCCCCGACGGCACCAAGGAGGAGGGGAAGUACAAGCAGAACAUCCUGGUGAGCGGCAAGAGGAAGAACCUGAUCCCGCUGCGAGCCAGUAAGAUCAGGGAGAAGGUGGACCGGGCCGUGGAGGGAGCGCAGAAGGCGGCGGACAUCGCCCGGCAGAAGGCCGAAAUCGCUCUGUCCAGGACGGCUCACGCGCAGGGCAAAGCGGAGGCGGCUGUGGGAGCCGCACAGAAGGCCCAGGACGAGAGUCGCAUGGCGAGGGUCACCGCCAAGCAGUUCUCCCCGUCCUUCCAGCACCCGGGGAACGGUAUGGAGGUGCAGCGCCCCAAGCGCCAGGUGUCCAGCGAGGUGGAAGGUGAGGGCUUAUCGAGCAGCGCCGGCACGGCCGACAGUCCGGACCUCUACGUGAAGAGCGCGGCCUCCGACGACCCCUCUAACGACGCCGUGACCCCCGACCUCAGCCCGCCUUCGUCCUCGCCGCCCCACACCCCGCCGCCGCCCGCCCGGCCCACGCAGCGCAGCAAGAGUGCCCGCUUCCACCGGCAGACCGCCGUGGAUCACGGCGACAGGGGGAAGGAGGGCGGAGGAGGAGGAGGAGGGCAGACUGAGAUUCAGGUGUUGAUGGAGGGAGGCGAAGGCGGCGGAGGAAAAGCGGAGUACACCCGGGCCAACAGCUGGAGCGAGGACAAAAGGAGGGGGGUGUUGUCGAAAGGAGGAGGCGGGGUCGGCGGCCGAGGAGCGAGCCGGACCAAUGGACACAAACACAGCUCCUCCAACCACAAGUCGCGGGAGCACGGCUCGUCCAAUCACAGACAGGCCCGAGGGGACAGGUGGACAGAGUCGUCCUCGUCGGCCUCGUGGACCUCCGGGCACCGGGCCGCGCACGGCCGGGGGGGCCGGCUGCUGGAGCAGGACGAGGAGAAAAUCAGCAACUACGAGAUGGAGAUGAAGCCUUUACAGCCCAGAGACUCCACUACCCACAAGCCCCAUGGGCACGGGGAGGAGAGGCACGGGCACGGAGAGGGACGCUCGCACGCCGCGCAGCGGCAGCGGCAUAAGACCCGGGAGGGGCGGGAGGGGCGAGAGGCCAAGGAGGGCAGAGAGGGAGGGAAGGAGUCCGCACACAAGCCUGACAGGCAGGGGGAGAAGAUGGAUUCGCGGCCUCUACGGCGGGACCUCACCCUCUCCCCCCCUCUCAAGUCCUCCCCCAUCACCCCGGAGCAGCAGGACCAGAGCCUGACGCAGAGCAAGGGCAACUCGGCCUACAGCUCCAUCCUGGUUGUUAUGGUGAUUCUGCUCAACAUUGGAGUGGCUAUUUUGUUUAUCCACUUUUUUAUUUAAAGACAGCACUGCUUUCAGAGUCAGCCUAUCUAUGCUACAACAACUAUUAAUUCACAUGAGUAUUACGGCCAAUCCGCUGCCCCUUCGUGUUCCCGGCGAGAGGGCCGCGACCCGGCUGAGGGAGGGC